AUGGCUAGAAACAUGCUCAUCUUCGAGAAGAGAACCUACACAGCGGAGGAAACUGCCAUUAGAAGAAUUAAGCUUGCUAGAGAAUGGAUUCAAGCACAACCUCCAAAACUGGAGAACUUCAGCUCGAUCAAGACCAAGACCUCGAUCAAGACCAGAGCCACUUUGCUACCUCACCUAGGGCAAGCGCAUGUAUCUCUGAUGGGGGUCACGAUCUGCAAUACAGAUGCAGCGUGGAACAAUGACUCGCACCAGGCAGGCAUCGCAUGGAUCUUCUCGGGAUCGACCACCAACGGGAACACGAGUGGAGCACAAGUCUUACAGAAUGUCGUCUCCCCUCUUACGGCUGAGGCUCUCGCGGUGAGGACUGCGAUACAAGUUGCAAUCUCCUCGAAAGUCUCCCAUCUACGGAUUCUCUCCGAUAACCAAACCCUUAUCAGGGCCAUCAACGACAACCUAUUUGAGAAGGAAAUCUACGGUAUCUUGCAAGACAACGAAUGUUUUUCAUCUCUGUUUGUCGAUCUUUCUUUCUGCUUUCUUCCACGGGCUGAGAAUGGACAGGCUGAUAGUCUGGCAAAAGCCAUUCUCAAAAACCCAAACUUUGUAAUGGGUCGGCCCACGGGCUAA